AGAAGGUUAGAAUAACUUCUAUUCGAACCGACUCAGGAGGCCGCGAGAGACUCCGACUCCGACUCCGGUAGAGUUUGUUGGAGGAGGAGGGAUCGAGCAACGAAAGUAAGAGGCAGGAAAAGUUUUCUUCGUUAUUCUUUUCGGAGUCAGUGGAUCGUUUGCCGCAAUGAUUCGAAGGUGCAUUUGGAGGCUUUCGUCCGGUCAAGCUCUUGGGAGGCGGCACAGAGCAGGCCUGGGGCAGCCUCCUUUUUCCCUUUCUUCGAGACAUGAAUUUUCAAGUUCAUCUCCAAAAAAAGCAAACCAGAAGCCUGCUCCUGAAGAUGACACUUCUAGAUCAUCAAAUAAUGCACCCAAACUCAUCCUAGGCAGUGUAGUUGUUGGAGCUGCAGUGAUAGCUGCAUAUCAAACUGGCUACGUUAAACUUCAAGUUAAGGAUGAUAAUUCUUUUCUUAGAACUAGCAACCUAGACACUGUCAAAGCGACUACGGAUUCUAAGCUUCCAGCUGACAAAGAAAUCCUGCAUUCAGCUGACAAAGAAAUCUUUCGAAGCAGCGAAAUCACAAGCCAAGUGAAACCAAAUGCAGAAAAUGUCGAACCAAGUGAAACCAAUAAUGGUGGUGACUUUAGGGUCAAUACUGGAAUUCCAGAAACAGUACCCAUAAAGGAGGAAUCAGCCCCUUACAGAGAAGAGGAGAUAUCAAUUUCUGUUGAGAAUGCUACAGCAGCUCCUGUGGAGAAAGCAUUGAGUUCUGAAGAGCCAUCUAAAGAAUUAUUAAACAAGGAUAGAAGCAUAACAUUUAUUAACUCCAACCAAGAAGAAAGUAGGACAACUGAGGGUUCCAUGGAACAGAUGGAAGAUUUAGUUGAUAGAUCACUUCAUCAUUUAAAAGAUGCUGACGCAAAGGUUUCUGAUUUUUAUCAAGAUACCUCGACCAAAGUGCAGAAGGUUCCACAAGAUACUGAAAGAACGGAAGAAAAAUCGCUUGCAGAAACUUAUUCUCUGCUAAUUGAGGACGGGAGUUCCAAUGGUUAUAAGAAAACAGAGGGAACUGAUGCAAUUACUACGUUCUUUCAAGAUAAAGAGGCUUUCACGGCCAGCUCUGAUGAUAACAAAAAGUCUGAUGACGUAAAGUUAGUUCUUGACUUCAUAGAAGCUCUUCAUAUUGCUGAGAGAAGGCAAGCUGAGUCAGAUGCCUACAUCUUCACAGAAGAGAAAAGGAAGAUGAAGGAGAAGUUUGAGAAAGAACUUAAAGAUUCAAGGGCAAGGGAGCUCAUGUAUGCUGAAGAGGCAGCAAUUCUUGAGAAGGAGCUGAACAAAGAAAAGGCAAAGGCAGCAGCUACAAUCAAGUCAAUCCAAGAGCAAUCUGAACAGAAACUGAGGGAGGAAUUGCAACGUAAGGAAGAAGAAGCUGAUGUUCUACUUAAGAAAGCUCAAGACCUGGCCAAAGCUGAAUUAGCGGCAGCUAUUGCUAGUGAGAAGUCAUCCCAGAUGGAGAAAAUUGCUGAAGCAAACCUUCAUAUAAAUGCUUUGUGCAUGGCCUUCUAUGCAAGAUCGGAAGAAGCACGCCAGACUCAUUCUGUUCACAAACUUGCUCUUGGGACGCUUGCCUUGGAAGAUGCUCUGUCAAAAGGGUUGCCCAUACGUGCAGAGGUAGAUGCAUUGUGCAAGGCCCUUGAAGGCAUCGAUCGAGAAUCUCUUCUAGGUCUGGUUCUUUCAUCCCUCCCGGAUGACACAGUAAACCAUGGAAUAGAUACUCCGCUGCAAUUGAGUCAAAAGUUUGAUUCUUUGAAAGGAACUUUGCGUCAUUUCAGCCUCAUUCCUGUUGGUGGCGGUGGACUGCUUACCCAUGUUGUAGCUCGCAUUGCAUCCUCCAUAAAGAUGAGAGAAGAUGGCUCUAGCGACAGCAUAGAGUCCCUUAUUAGUAAAGUCGAGAAUUUUUUAGCAGAGAAAAAAUAUGCGGAGGCAGCUGAUGCCCUGGUAGAAGGGGUACGAGGCACUGAAGCAGAGGUAGUUGCCAUCGAGUGGUCAAGUUUGGCAAGGAACCGAGCAGUGGCAGAGCAAGCACUCUCUCUUCUUCAAUCGUACGCCUUAUCUAUUACUUUUGGAUGAGUAUUUAAUAAAUAAUCAAACGAGUUUUCACCAUUCUCAAAUCCAUUUGUGGCUUCCAAUUUUGUCAUGUUCAACAACGCGGAGUAAAUAAAAGAGUGGGAAUUCCUUCUCGCCUUUUGUAUGAAAUGGGAACUUUUUUUAUCAUCUUAUAAAAGGGGUUACUGUGAAAAAUUCGUGCUCCCAAAUAGGAGAAAAUUUGCCUUUUUUAGGAUAAUUUUAUUUUAUUUUGAAUUUAAAA